AUGGAGGAAGAUGGCCCCUUCACCGUUGAUGCCAGGACCUGCCUGUUUACCUCGGCAGCCGACCGGCGAAAGAAAGCCAUGAAGCACUUCAACCGAUUCCUAGAAGGCUACUGCAUCCAGAUCGGCAUUGAUGUUGUGACAGCCAAUGACAUCCCUUAUCGCGGCAUCCAAAUCAAAAAAUCAAGCAAAGCCAUCGCUGAGUUUUGGAGCAGCUUAUUCGGCAAUUUCAUCUACUACAUUGCCAAUAAGACGGAUCUGGCAAAGAGCAGCGCUGAACAGUACUGCUCUGGUAUGAAGGUCUUCUUCGUGCACAAGUUCAGAAACGAGAACGACAUCCCGGUUUUCCAAAGAGAUAAAUGGAGGGAGCUUCUCGACAAACUCAGAGGUUUCUACCGUGAAUCUAACCGUGCUGCUGGCACUCGCUCGACUGGAGGCAAGGCCUCGAGCACCCGUCAGGACAGGGAGGCCAUGGCGACUGCAUGCAUUUGGCUGAAGACACCCCAAUACGCAGAAUUCUGGCAUCUGUUGAACACGAGCUACCACUGCUCCGGACGCGGCUCAGAGGUCUCCCUGAUCAAACCCACGGAUACAACGACAGUUGAAGUCAAUGAAUUCACCUACAGCUACAAUGUCUUAUCGGUGUACUGUCAGCGCCAGAAGGAUAAUGAUCCUCAACAGCUCCCAAUCUACCCACAUAGGGACGGGGUUCUGGAGGACUUUUACUUUUCCCUCCUCUACGUGAUUGUGUUGAACGGCUGCGACAAUGAGUACACCUUUCCCAUCUUCUCCAAAGCCGCCCUGAAAACCAAGUCGGGCACCAGCGAUAGCAAGGUCUCCAAAGAAUGGUCGAAAAUCUUCGAUCAGUUGCGAGACACCUUUGAGUUCCUGGCCGAUGAGAUCAACGACGAGCUGUCAUCUCACUCCAACAGGAAAGGCUCCAACCAGGCCAUGGCCGAAUGCCUCUCAUUGAAUGGCAUGGCAGGCGUAUUCAGAACUGGCUGGUCGCUUGGGUCUGUCCAUUCCGUGUUUGACUAUGUAUUUGGCUCCCUUAAACUGUCUCAUCAAGCUGGCAAAUCGCUAGCCAAUUGGACAACAAAGAUUGGGGAUGUCAUCACUGGCGGCCAACCACCAAGCUUUGACGAUAUUGAGUCAGAUGUUGACACGCUGAAGAAGUUCACCAGUGUGCUAUUCAGAGAUGACACUAACAGACAAUGGUCCCCGAAGGUCAGGGAAUUGCUCGUCAUGACCCUCCUCCUCCGUUACAACGAAUUCUGUGAAAUCCUCGAGUCUCAUCCACUUGCAAAGCUGGUAGAAGAUGAGCCAUCCCCCGAUGGUUUUACCAGCUCUACUGUGCGAGAUAACCCCUUUCUCUGUCGGAUCCACCAAGCACUGGAGAAGGUGCACGCGAUGGAUCUAUUUGGAAAAUGGGUGGAGCAAGCCCGACAGGCUUUCCUGUCACGUAAUAUGCCAGCCCUUCCAAUUGAGAUGUUCCCUCGAUAUGGCGGCACAAUGAUCGGCUCACAAGUUCUAAUGGAUCCCAGGUGCAUCGUCGACCACUUCAACACCCUUGCAGGGUUGUCUCAGGCGAACCACAUGAGACUCCUAAACCUCGAGCAUAAGGUCAAUGACAUCCGCAAUGCAAUCCAGAACGAAAGCAGGAUCACGAGCACCUUCGUCGUGCAGCAGAUGAACACGAUGGCCCAGGCCAUCCAACGACUCGAGUCUCACCUCGUAGGAGAAGCCCCGAAACUGAAAGCCAACAAACCCAAAGGCAUCAUCAAGUUUUCAGUUGCGGUUGACCUUCUUCCCAAAUACCCAACCCUGACUGAUACCACAGUGGCGUUCUUCCUGGAUGAUUAUCGCACAGGCUAUACAUUGGAUCAGCGGAGCGAUUCCUGGGGUGAGAUGUCCAAGUCUGAGAGGAAGAGCAUCGCCAACAAAUUUGGGUGUAUCAAACGGGCAGUGAAGACUGUGCUGAUGCAUGCGGACGAGUUUCCCUUGCCUGAAGACAAGGAAGAGAUCAAGAGGAUUGCAACCGCGGCAGAGGAACGCAUCCGCGACACCUUUGGUUUUGACCCCAAAGCCAUCAUCACUCCCAACAAAUUGGAAAGGCAGCUGAAAACCCCCAAGUUCCGCGAGAUUGAGAAACAAGGAGAGCUCCCAAUCAACACACCAGAUGACUGGAAAUCUUUCUUUUAG